UACUGCAGGACUGCAGCGGGCAUUCUGACACUGGUUGGGAACUGAUUAACUGCCACUGACAUUUCCAGUGACACUAAUACAGUGAUCAGUGCUAAUAAAAAGCACUGACACUGUACUAAUGGCACUUGGCAAGAAGGGGUUAACAUCUUGGGUGAUUAAAGGGUUAACAGUGUGCUGUGCGUGUUUUACUAUGGGCUGUGUUUUUGUGCUUCACUGUAAGCACACUGCUUUGCAUGGCUGUGCUAUGCACAACCAUGCAAAGCAGUGUGCACAAGCUGACAGGAACGAGAACUGUUUUGCUUUCAUG